GCUCAGUCGCGAUUCGUCGCUCGUCAGUGAUCCACUGUUUUAGACCGUAACUAGUGCAAAAAAAUACAAAUAAAAAUAAAAACAAUGUCAGUGCGAAUUUUAUUAAUUAUUAUGCUACUAUAUUCAUCGGUAGACGUGUCUUGGGCAAGAAAGGAUAAUUUAAAACACGUGUUCCUAAAGGAUACUCCACAGAAACAAGAAUUGGUUGAUAAAUUCCUGGACCUUAUUGAAGCAUCCUGGGAUUAUAUCAUGCAAAUACUCUACUAUAAAGCAAACCUGUUAGGUUUGGACAAGGAGCGCGAAGGAUCCGAUCACAUUAUAAUGGAAUCACCAAUCAAACUCUUCCAUUCCUUUCCGGGAUGGUGGAUGAUGCGCGAUUUUUACAUGGGAUUCAUGGACGUUAUUUUCGAGGACGUUGAAGAAGAAGUGCGUCCACAUCAUAAUCAGCAUCAAAAUCAUCAACAACACGGCGGGCAUCAUCAACAUCAACACCAACAACAACAACAUGGUCAUGGACAUCACCAACGCCCUCGUCCUCAUGCCCAUAGACCCCAUCGGCCACAGCAAUCAAAUGAGAAUAAUCAUAUUGGCAGCCAUCUUUCUACAAUCGGCAGUUUAUUGCAUCACGGCAGGAGUUUCGAGGAGAUGAAGGAUAGCGGUUUGCACAAAUUGUUGGUCCGUUGGAAAUUAUGCGACCAGUAAGAAUUGCGUGAAUAGAACAAAGUGGAUAAAUAGUCAAAGUGAUUCGGCCCCCGAAAAUUAGAGCGUGUAACGGACAAUUAUUAAAUUAUUAAUUGAGUUUUUGUAUGUGGUCGCUGGUCGAUUAUGAUAAUUUGGUGAAAUUACUUUGAUUGUUUCACACGAAGUAACAAUAAUAAUUUAAUUUAUUUAUUUAUAAUAAAAAAAUAAUUGAACUCACUU